AAUGAUUCACGGCCCCAAUUCCCCAUUUUCAGGAGCAUUUACUAUUGGUAAACGAUAUGAAUGUAUAAUCUAUCUCUAUAUCUUAGCUGCCAUUUACUAAACUAAUCCAUACCCAGGGUAAUGUAUGCUAUUCACAUAGUCCAAAUCACUACUCUAUUAAUCCAAUUGAUAAACCUAUUGGGUUCAGAUUUUCUAAAUCCAAUAGAAAACCCUUAUACUCAACUAGUAUAGCACCAGACCCAGGAGCAUAUGAUCUUAAAUUUUAGGUCUUCACUAAUAUAACUUAAUUAGACAAUUACCUAAAAUUCCCCUUCAGCUGUUUUUACAACUGCCUAAGAUCACUAAAAGAAAGGAUUAGAAAUUGGUCCUGGAUCAUAUAAUUGGACUGAUUAAAAAAAGGCUCCCGCAUUUACAUUUCAAAGCAAAUUUGAUUCUAUCGGUAAUCAGAUACUCUACAAUCCUGGCCCAGGAACUUAUGAUCUUAAACAUUAUCAUACUCAUUAACCAUAAAAUAAGGGAUUGACAACAAGCAAGAGAGCCAAUAAUUUAACAUAAAGUACUCCAGGACCAGGAUAAUAUGACGUUGAAAUACCUAAAUUUUCUACUAACAUCAAGUAUACUAUAAUUUCUAACAGAUUUCCAAAAUCAUAGAGAAGUUUUGAAUUAAGUCAAAACGGACCUGGUCCAGGAGCAUUUGAUUUGAGUUUGCCUAAACAAUAAGGAAUAACAUUUGGAGUUAAAGGAAAUCAACACAUAGAAAAAUCUAAUGUUCCAGGUCCUGGUAGUUACAAAUUAAAAUCAUUUGUUGAAUACGAAGAAAGUGAAAUAAAAUAGAAAAAAAUAAAAGGAGUCAAGUACAAAUAAUUUGUUUAAAAUAAGAAUUGGUACUUCUCAAAGAAGCAGUCAAAAUUUACUUAAGUUUGGUCCAUCUCCAUUAGAUUAUGAUGUUUAAAAAUACAAAUAUCCUACUAGACAUGCUAGGUUCAUAUGGAUAAAUAGCAUUUUAGUUUUGGAAGUGCGGUUAGAUAGUCAAUUAUUCCAAAUGAAAAAACUCCUGGCCCUGGAGCAUAUAUGGUGGACUCAAAAAUUCGAAGAAAUGGCCCAAUCAUUUCAAAAGCAUCAAAGGAUUUUAGCUCUUUGGAUAAUACUCCUGUAAAUUGUAAAAUUGAUAUUCUAGGGUCCUGGAAAGUACAAUCCUAACAUAUCAAUUUCAUCAAAUAAGGGACCAAGUUAUCAUAUAGCUGGGAAAUAUGACAAACCUUAAGAAACUAGUCUGGUUGGACCUGGAAGAUACAAUAUUUCAAGAAAUAUUAAUGAUGGGCCCAAAUACACCUUUCCAACCCUAGAAAAAAGUAUGGAUAACAAAUCAUUAGAUGUUAAUUAGUAAAUAAAUUUAAUUUAUUCAAUUUAGGUCCCAUUGCUAUGAAAUUUAAUAAACUAUUGGAUAUAUACCUCCAUAUAAUUUACAUAAUUGAAUAAAAUCAAA